CACGCUUUCCAACUGGAGUCUAGGGCGCUGACUGCUCCCCAGUUUCCGUAGGGAAGCGCCGGGCUACCGCAGCUAUUGUGCGUCGCGCUGUUGCCCUCCUCUUCCCGUUCGGGCGUCUUUGGAGGAAGGCUACGUUUCAUUGUCGCCCGGCUUAACACCUCUGGCGCUUAGCAGGACAAAAGGCCGCUCCCUCGGACCAGGAAGAACUUUAGGAGACGGCAGAUUCUGGUAAAGAGACCCUAGGGUGCAAGUAAGAUACAGUUUAAGGAACCCGAGUACCCUGCCUCGGUACAUGGGCUUCGCCGGGGAAGGGCGGAGGCGCUGGCUUUAAGAAGGGGGAGGGGACAGUGCACUCCGGGUUACCCGCGGAGCUCGGCAAAGGAAAUCUUCUGCUGGCUCGGCAGUUGGGAGCAAGGAGAGGCACCUCCCACCCUCAGCGCUCACCCCCGCCUACACCCUGGGCGGGCCAAAGUGUCACGUUUGCAGUUGCUCGGGAAGGAUCCAGCCGCUCUCCGGAGAAGAGACGAGUUGGUUUCUGCUGCCUGUCAGGGGAGAGAUGACUAGGGGGCAUGUUGCUUGUUAAGCAGCACCCCGCCGGGUUCCAACUGCGUUAGUUAGCUUUCGCCGUCACCUGAAGCAAUCGCCGGGCCGCCCGUUUCCGGUACAGACCAGCCAGCUCUCCCCAGGAAUCUCAUCUGAACAGAACCAUGGGGCAUCCCCCGCUGGAGUUCAGCGACUGCUACCUGGACAGUCCUGAUUUCCGCGAGAGGCUCAAAUGUUAUGAGCAGGAACUGGAGAGGACCAAUAAAUUCAUCAAAGAUGUGAUCAAAGACGGCAACGCGCUUAUCAGCGCAAUGAGAAAUUAUUCCUCUGCUGUUCAGAAAUUUUCUCAGACAUUGCAGUCCUUUCAGUUUGAUUUCAUUGGAGAUACGCUGACUGAUGACGAGAUCAACAUUGCUGAAUCCUUCAAAGAAUUUGCUGAAUUGCUCAACGAAGUAGAAAACGAGAGGAUGAUGAUGGUACACAAUGCUAGUGAUUUGUUGAUCAAACCCCUGGAGAAUUUCCGGAAGGAACAAAUAGGCUUCACAAAGGAGCGGAAAAAGAAAUUUGAAAAGGAUGGAGAGAGGUUUUAUUCCUUGCUGGAUCGGCACUUACAUCUGUCUUCCAAAAAGAAAGAAUCUCAGUUACAAGAGGCAGACCUCCAGGUGGACAAGGAAAGGCACAAUUUCUUUGAGUCGUCCCUCGAUUAUGUUUAUCAAAUACAGGAAGUUCAAGAGUCUAAGAAGUUCAAUAUUGUGGAGCCAGUCUUGGCCUUUCUUCAUAGCCUCUUCAUUUCCAACAGCUUGACUGUGGAACUAACACAGGAUUUCCUCCCGUAUAAACAACAGCUUCAGCUCAGUUUACAGAAUACAAGAAAUCAUUUCUCCAGUACCCGAGAAGAGAUGGAAGAACUUAAGAAAAGGAUGAAAGAAGCUCCACAGACAUGCAAACUUCCAGGACAGCCAACCAUUGAAGGCUAUCUCUAUACUCAAGAGAAAUGGGCUUUGGGAAUAUCCUGGGUGAAAUACUACUGCCAAUAUGAGAAAGAGACCAAAACGUUCACUAUGACGCCUAUGGAUCAGAAGCCAGGUGCUAAGCAGCAGGGGCCCUUGGACUUAACCCUGAAGUACUGUGUGAGAAGGAAGACAGAGUCUAUCGAUAAGAGAUUCUGUUUCGAUAUAGAAACAAAUGAAAGACCAGGAACCAUCACUCUGCAAGCUCUUUCAGAAGCUAACAGAAGACUAUGGAUGGAGGCUAUGGAUGGGAAAGAACCUAUCUACCACAGCCCUAUAACAAAACAGGAAGAAAUGGAACUGAAUGAAGUGGGGUUCAAGUUUGUUAGGAAGUGCAUCAAUAUAAUUGAGACCAAAGGAAUCAAGACAGAGGGAUUGUACCGUACCGUGGGCAGCAAUAUUCAGGUUCAGAAGCUGCUGAAUGCCUUUUUUGAUCCUAAAUGCCCAGGAGAUAUUGAUUUUCAUAAUAGUGACUGGGACAUUAAGACAAUCACCAGCUCCUUGAAAUUCUACCUCAGGAAUCUUUCUGAACCUGUCAUGACCUAUAGACUUCACAAAGAGCUGGUCUCUGCUGCCAAGUCUGACAACCUGGAUUAUCGAUUGGGAGCUAUUCACUCCCUGGUAUAUAAGCUACCAGAAAAGAACCGAGAGAUGUUGGAACUUCUUAUAAGACACUUGGUCAAUGUGUGUGAGCACAGCAAAGAGAAUCUUAUGACCCCCUCUAACAUGGGGGUGAUCUUUGGGCCCACUCUCAUGAGAGCUCAGGAGGACACUGUGGCUGCCAUGAUGAACAUCAAAUUCCAGAAUAUUGUGGUGGAAAUCCUAAUUGAGCACUUUGUCAAGAUCUAUUCAGGUCCACCUGAGGAAAGUACUGCACCCCCAGUGCCUCCACCUCGAGUAACAGCAAGAAGACACAAACCAAUUACAAUUUCGAAGCGCUUGCUGCGGGAAAGGACAGUUUUCUAUACUUCUUCCCUGGAUGAAAGUGAAGAUGAAAUUCAACAUAGAACACCCAAUGGUACUAUCAUCAGCAGCAUAGAACCCCCCAAGCCACCACAAUACCCCAAAAUGCCUAUGCAAAAAAGUGUGGAAGCAGAUCCUGGGAGGAAGUCCCCAAGCAGGCUUGUUUCAGAUGUCAAGUUGGAGACCUGCCUCGAGGUGGACGUGGGGAAGUUGGUGUCUAGGCUGCAGGAUGGAGGGACCAAGGCCAUACCAAAGGCCAGCAAUGGACCUGUGCCAGGCCCUGGAACCACUAAAGCCCCCUCUCUCCACAUAAAGAGAUCAGCACCUCGGCCCCUGGCUCACCACAAGGAGGGAGACUCUGACAGUUUCAGCAAAGUGCGGCCUCCAGGAGAAAAGCCAACCAUCAUCAGACCCCCAGUGAGGCCUCCAGACCCUCCCUGCCGGGCAACUACUACCCAGAAACCAGAACCAAAGCCAGAUGUUAUGGCUGGCAAUGCAGGGGAAAUCCCAUCAUCUGUAGUGGCUUCCAGGACCAGAUUCUUUGAAACAGCUUCCCGGAAAACAGGAAGUUCUCAAGGCAGACUUCCUGGAGAUGAGAGUUGAGGCUUCAGGUUGUAAAAUCCUUGGCCUCAGGGGACCCUUUCCAGGUUCUAGAAGGGUCUUCUUCAAACCCUUGUGUGCUGAAGAGCAGAUUCUUCCUGUCCCUGCACCUUCAGGCUCUGGGAGGCUAUAAAAUAAGGGGCACAUGUCCUAUACACAAGUUUAUUUCUCCUUUGUAUUCUGUCUUCAUUCCCCUAGAAGGUCUAUCUUGAGCUCCUAUAAGACUGUGAAUGGCUGAACUUCCUCAAGCCAGACUGCAGAAACCAAGCUGUCCACUGACCUGAGUCGAAGAGAGGAGCUCAGUUUUCAACUGUUCUCUGAACUUCCUGCCUCCUCAAAAGGCCAUCUAUCUCUGAAAGAUUUGGGGCUAAAGAUUGAUCUUAGAAGUCUUACCCUGAACUAAAAGUUACUUGAGUUGGGGCCAUUGAUUACCUUGGAAGUAAGGAAGUAGGAAUGUUUGCUGAAUUUCGGAGGCUCUUACCAUGUCUUUCUUACUGAAGAUAUGGAACCUAGUGCCAGUUUGGAGCUCUGGCAUGGUACUACAUUGCCAAGAAUGCAUCUGCUCCUAUGGCCCAGACAGAAAGAGUGAUGCCUCUAUAAUCCCUCCAAUGUGGACUCAGGAAGGUGACCUUCCUGCUUUUACAUACUUAGGACAAAUCUGCAAAGCAUGUUUUGCAUGUCAAAGCCUAUGUCUGUUUGAAUUAUUCUUCUUCCUGCUUUGUCCUAACAGCUUCCUUUCCAAGCAAUCAGAAAGAAACAAAAGCUUAAAACAGUUCUUUUUUUUUUUUUUUUUUUUUAAGGCAGACUGCAUUUGUUCUGUAGGAGUUCCAUUUUGGGAUCAAAUGCUGGGGGAAAUUGUUAAGAUGGAUAAAGGCCAGGUAGUUGUCAUUGUUGUUUCAUGUUUGCUUUUUGAAGAUAAGCUCUUUUAUCGCCUGAGAAAAACAGUUCUUAACCCAGUAUCUAUGGACUCAGGAACUUCAUAAAGCCUCUGAAAUGGUAUAUAGACUUCCACAACAAUGUGCCUUUUCUGAGGAAAUGGUCCAUAACAUUCUAGUGAAUUUCAAAUUGGACCUGUGACAUAAUAAAGAUUAAGAACCACAGCC